AUGAACACAUACUACUACGAAAUUUUAGGUGUCGAAGUUGAUGCGACAAUCGAUGAUAUUAAAAAAGCAUACAGAAAACAAGCAUUAAUAUGGCAUCCUGACAAAAAUGCGAAUAAUCGUGAAGAGGCAGAAGCACAAUUCAAAUUAAUUGCAGAAGCUUAUGAAGUAUUAAGUGAUUGUAAUAGUACAACUUCAUAUUCAACAAGCUCAUAUUCUGGAGGAAGUGGUGGUCGUGGAACUAGCAAUUUCGUAAGUACACAGUCCUCAACACAAGUAAUCAAUGGGGUUAGAACAACAGUUACCAAAACAGUAGAUGCAGAGGGGAAUGUUACAGUAGUUAAAGAAUCCUCUGACGGCACAAGACAUGUCACUGUAAAUGGCAAGAGCGAGAAUGAUUUGCCAAGACACAUAGCUGAUCAUUAA